GGAAGGAAUGGAGUUUGAGAAAAGAAAGGCAGCAACUUUGGCCUCCAUGAGCUCCCCUGAGCCAGACAAGUCCCCCAAAGGCACAAUUGACACCCCAAUCAUCCCUCUCCUAACAGCUAUCAACUCCCACCCUUCAUACUUCACCACCAGCUCUUGUUCUGGCCGGAUAUCCAUCUUCUCCCAACCUAUAAACCCCAACCCCGCUUCCAAAAAGAAGGCCAAAGGCGGUUCUUGGCUCUUCAUCUCCCAUUCCCCUGUCGACCCUACUUCAGUCCUCCCCCUUCUCUUCCCCUCUUCUUCAAUCCAGUCAAGUUAUCGUGGCAUCAGUGAUCAAGAAUUUCAGGAUUGCCCACAUAGCCUAGUGUUCAAAUUUGAGCCCCUGAUCAUAGCUGUGGAGUGUAAAGAUAUUGAGGCAGCUCAGUUUUUGGUUUCUUUAGCUAUCUCACGUGGGUUCAGGGAAAGUGGGAUUACUAAUUUAAGUAAAAGGGUUAUUAUUGCAAUCCGGUGUUCGAUUCGAUUGGAGGUGCCAUUAGGUGAUACUGAGAAGAUAAUGGUGUCUUCAGAGUAUGUAAGGUAUCUGAUUGAAGUUGCUAAUGAGAAAAUGGAAGCUAAUAGGAAAAGAACUGAUUCUUUUCUUGAUGCACUGCUGAAGAAUGGAUUUUCUGGAGGAGGGCGUGUUCUUGAGCAUGGAACUGCUAAUGGUGAAUUGGGGUGUGAUGAAGAUUCUGGGUGUUACAAUAGUGGAAAAGUGGAAUCUUUGGGAAAUUCUGUGAGUUACCAUGAGGACAAUUCCAUGGAUGGUGAAAAGAGGAGCGGUCUUGAUGACAGCCAAUCUGGAUCUUCACAACUGCCUAUUUCUCCCAUUAUAGUUGUUGGCGAGCCUGUGGAGAGGCUUUUCCUUUGGGGUCACAGUGCUUGUACAUUGGAUAAUUUAAACCAUGAGGUGAUUGUCAUUUUUGGUGGUUUUGGUGGCAUUGGAAGACAUGCGCGACGGAAUGAUUUGUUAUUACUUGACGGAGAAAGUGGAAAGACUCAAGUGGUAAAUGUUCAGGGGGCAGCACCAUGUCCCCGUAUGGGUCAUACAUCUAACAUUUUAGGGGAUUCAAUGUAUGUUAUUGGAGGCAGGGCUGACCCAUUGAGUGUUCUGAAUGACGUGUGGGUAUUCAGGAUGGGAACAAAAGAAUGGAGUCUGUUGCAAUGUUCUGGCAGUCAGUUCUCACCAAGGCAUCGACAUGCAGCAGCUGUAAUGGGUUCGAAGAUAUAUAUAUUUGGUGGAGUUGAUAAUAAUGCAAUAGUAUCAUCACUUUUUGUCCUUGACACGAAAAAUUUACAAUGGACAGAGAUACCCAUCAAAGGUGAAUGGCCAUCUCCACGUCAUUCUCACUCCAUGCUGGCAUAUGGGGAUCAUUUAUAUAUGUUUGGAGGAUGUGAUGGGGAGAAAGCGCUUGGCGACCUAUAUGCUUUCAAUGUUCAAAUAUGUGAAUGGAAGAAGUUAAAUAUGGAUGGAAGAAAACCAACUGCUAGGUUUUCCCACUCAAUGUUUACUUUCAAGAAUUAUCUUGGCAUUAUUGGGGGAUGCCCUGUGAGCCAACAUCACCAGGAAUUAUCCCUUCUUGAUCUGCACUCUGUUUUGUGGAAGCAUUUCAUGGUGGAUUCUACUGGCACUGACCUUUUCGUCCGCAGCACAGCCAGUAUCCUUGGUGAUGAGUUGGUAAUGAUUGGUGGAGGGGCAUCUUGUUACGCAUUUGGAACAAAGUUUAGUGAACCGACAAAAAUAAACUUGCUUCCUCUGAUGUCUCUUACUCAAAGUAGGGAGAAGCAUAUUCACUGUCAUGAAAAAGGAUCCACUCAUAAAAACAGUGACAGCUGCCAACUUUCAGAUAUGGAGCUGAAACUGAUUGGAAAUGGAAGCCUUAAGCAUGAUGCUGAUGUUGAAGAUUUUGAUGUAAAAACUAGUGAUGAGAUGGUUGUGUCUUAUUGGGUUCUUCGACUUGAAAGAAGAUAUGCAAAAUUUGGGAAGGAUAUACUCAAAAAAUUUGGAUGGUUAGAUCCUUCAAGACAGGUUUGCUCACAGGAAGCUGGGAAGUACAUUUGCUUCCCAGUAAUUGAAAGUUUUUGGGCUCUAUUCACUAAUACUUUAUCUGAAGUACCACCUGAUCUUCGUCCUGAUCAACCAUCUUGUGCAGAGAGGUUUUUGUUGAAAGAUGUAACUGAAUCAACAGCUUUGAAUACUUUAAUGGAAUGUGGUGCCACUAAACUCAAGGAUGAGUUUGUUAAACUAAAAAAGGGACCAAUUUCUCCUUUAAAAGCAAUGAAGGAAGCUGUGGCCUCUUUGGUUGCACAUAGAGGGCUACCUACCAAUCUCUUAGAUGACCUACCUUCAAGAUGGCAGCGACUAGGGGACAUUGUCGUGCUUCCUGUGACAUCAUUCAAAGAUCCAGCAUGGAAUUUGGUAGGAAAGGAGCUCUGGCCUGUUGUUGCCAAGUCAAUUGGGACUGAUCGUCUUGCUCAACAAGGUCUGGUUGCAUCAACUGGAACAAGAGAUAGUACUCUGGAGAUUCUUGUGGGAGACAACGGAUGGGUUGAACACCGUGAGAAUGGUAUCUUAUAUUCUUUUGAUGCUACCAAGUGCAUGUUCUCUUGGGGGAAUCUUUCUGAGAAGCUUAGGAUGGCCCGUCUUGAAUGUAGAGAUGAAGUCAUUGUAGAUUUAUUUGCUGGCAUUGGUUAUUUUACCUUGCCAUUCCUUGUGAGGGCUAAUGCAAAGCUGGUAUAUGCUUGUGAAUGGAAUCCGCAUGCUGUUGAGGCACUCCAUCGCAAUCUUUGUGCUAAUAAUGUGGCAGAUUGUUGUGUCAUACUUGAAGGAGACAAUCGAAUUACAGCCCCCAAAGGAGUUGCUGAUCGAGUCUGUCUUGGUCUCCUGCCAUCAAGUGAGGGUAGUUGGAUUACUGCUGUGAGGGCAUUGAGAAGUGAUGGCGGGGUACUGCAUAUACAUGGGAAUGUGAAGGAUACAGAAGAAUAUUUGUGGACAGACCAUGUCUCGAAAUCCAUCAACAGCAUUGCUCGAUCGGAAGGUUAUUCCUGGGAAGUUUCAGUAGUACAUGUGGAAAGAGUUAAAUGGUAUGCCCCCCACAUUCGUCAUCUUGUUGCAGAUGUACAAUGUAGGAAAGUUUUAAGGGUAUAGUCGAAGAAGAUGUUACCCUAUACUAUGUUAGCUGAGUAUGGAUAAUUUAAGUUUCCUUACAAAGGAGAAAGCAAGCUCUGCUCUUUUACCUUUAUCAUGGUACAACAUCAAAGCCUGGUUCAAAGCACAGGAGACAUUGAGAUGGCUGCAAUUCUGUACCUAUCGAAAUUGUGGAAUGGGACAAAGUAUUUGAUGCAAUUCAGAAAUUUAUGGCGUUAUGAAGUGUUGUUAUGUGAAA